AUGAACAUAGUGCCAUUGCAUUCAGUGAUCUGCCGAGCAGCAGGAUUGACGACCGGAAGUCACCAUAUAUGGCUCAGAGACCACUGCAGAUGUCCUCAAUGCUUUCACCCGGUGACGAAGCAGCGCCUUGUGAACACGUUCGAGAUUCCCUUUGACCCUCAGGGUCUAGAGGUGACAUGGCCAUCUGCACAACCUCAUACGUCGUUCUACCCUUGGUCAUGGCUUCAACGAAAUUCAUAUGACCCUCCAUUGGACCAUCCUCCUCCUGCAGAAAAGAUCUUAUGGGGCUCGAAAAUACUCCAGGAUCCGCCCACAGCGACUUACAAGGAGGUGAUGGCCGAAGAUGAGCGGGGUCUCUUCAAAUGGCUAUCCAACGUCGACAAGUUCGGCUUCUGUUUCGUCUCUGGCGUCCCACCCACACCCGAAGCAACGGAGGAGCUUUCGCGACGGAUUGGUUUCAUCCGGGAGACGCAAUACGGGGCAUUCUGGGACUUCACGUCGGACCUGGCGAAGGGCGAUACUGCGUACACCACGCUGGCUCUGGGCGCGCAUACGGAUACGACAUACUAUACGGACCCAUGCGGCCUGCAGCUCUUCCACCUACUUGAACAUACGGGCGGCAAGGGUGGCGCUACGCUACUUGUGGACGGCUUCUACGUCGCGUCGAUCCUGAAGGAGCUUCACCCCACAGCCUACGGCCUGCUCGCUCGUGUUCGGGUACCGUCUCACGCUGCGGGCGAGCCAAGCGCUUUGUAUACGCCGACACCUCGCUCUGGCUACCCCGUCCUCCGACACUCGGACGGCGAGCUGAUCCAGGUGCGGUGGAACAACGAUGACCGUAGCGUGAUGAGCCAUCUAGAGCCCAGUAUGGUUGAGGAAUGGUACGACGCGAUCAGGAAAUGGCACCAGCUCUUGACGAGUGCGGACUCUGAGUACUGGAUUCAACUCUCCCCUGGAACUGCGGUCGUUGUCGACAACCAUCGUGUACUCCACGGCCGUUCAGCGUUCACAGGAAAGCGCCGCAUGUGUGGGGCGUACGUCGGCGUUGAUGAGUAUCGCUCAAAGCUCGCAGUCCUGAGCGAGAAAUACGCUCCGGAUGAUGUCGUGCAGGAGAUAUCCGCGUACGCUAGCGUGAACGGACGAAGCGUUUGGAACUCUGCCUUAUAG